AUGGGUUCCUUGAACACAAAAACAAUCUUCUUCUAUGCUUUGUUUUUCAUAUGUUUAUCAUUCCCUACAAUCUCACUCGCAGAUUCUGAAGUCGUGGAUGAAACUCCAUUCACAUAUGAACAAAAAAAAGAGAACGGACCAGAAGGAUGGGGACAAAUAAACCCGGAAUGGAAAGUUUGUAACAGCGGAAGAUUCCAAUCUCCCAUCGAUCUCACUAACGAAAGAGUCAGCCUUAUUCACGAUCAAGCUUGGAAAAGGCAAUACAAACCAGCUCCUGCUGUCAUUACUAACAGAGGCCAUGACAUUAUGGUAUCGUGGAAAGGAGAUGCAGGGAAAGUAACAAUACGUCAAACUGAUUUUAAAUUGGUGCAGUGCCAUUGGCAUUCACCAUCUGAGCAUACCGUCAACGGAACUAGGUAUGACCUAGAGCUUCACAUGGUUCACACCAGUGCUGGAGGCAGAACUGCUGUUAUUGGUGUUCUUUACAAAUUAGGCAAACCCAAUGAAUUUCUCGCAAAGCUACUAAAUGGAAUAAAAUCAGUGGGAACUAAAGAGAUAGAUCUAGGGGUGAUUGAUCCUAGAGAGAUUAGGUUUCAAACCAGAAAAUUCUAUAGAUACAUCGGCUCUCUCACUGUUCCUCCAUGCACAGAAGGUGUUCUCUGGACUGUCGUCAAAAGGGUUAAUACAAUAUCAAUGGAGCAAAUCACAGCUCUGCGGGAAGCCGUUCAUGAUGGAUUUGAGACAAAUUCAAGACCGGUGCAAGAGUCAAAGGGAAGAACAGUUUGGUUUUACGAUCCAAAUGUUUGA